AUGGCAGUUACAACUGAUGAUCCAAUUAUGUUUAAUAAUUUGGCUAUCCCUUCAAGUAUCGACCUUGUAAGUGUCGGAUUUGGAAAAGGAUUUUAUAUGCAAGAUCGGAUUGUAUUUAAUGGAACGAUUUCUAAAAAGCCAGAUUAUUUUACUAUUGUUUUGGGUGAAGAUGGAGUGAAUGACGUGAAUGUUCAACUUGACUUUACUGGAUGUUUUCAAUCCUACCUGGUUUAUCGUAACAAUUGGAUAAAGGAUAGAGGAUGGGGUAUUGAAGAUGUUUUUGGUGGUUUUCCAUUUAAAGCUGGAGAAACAUUCAUUCUAGAAUUUCUCGUAUUGCCCAGAGAUGUAAUAUCCAUCAGUGUCAAUAAUAGAUUUUUUACAUACUUCCGUAGACUUGAUUUGAGCAAAAUUAGUCAAAUAUAUAUUACUGAUGAGCAAUCCACAUUGCAAAUUAACUCUUUGAUUUUGUAUCCCAAUGCUUUGAAGCCAACAAUCGCAACAACAGAGGCACCAACAACGCCUCCACAUUGUCACAAACCUAUCUUCUUAAAGAACGUGCCAGUACCAUCAACUAUAGAUCUUGUAAAAAUCGGAUUUGGAAAAGGAUUUAAACCAAAUACACACAUAAUAUUUAAAGGAAUGCCUCUUCAAGGGGUCAAUCUAUUUACAAUUAACUUUGUUGAGGAUGGCGAAAUGUUCAAAACUGCAAACGCGCCAUUCUGCUUUAAUCCACGUUUGCAAGCUGGCGUGGUUGUUACGAACAGUUGGACAGUAAAAAGUGGAUGGGAUGUUGACCAUAUUUAUGGUAAUCCAUUUAGAGUUGGAGAACCUUUUAUUUUGGAAUUCAGAUUUGGGCAAUAUUUACAAAGAGAUUCGAUAUCUAUCUAUGUCAAUAAUAAAUUUCUCGCAACUUACUCUUAUUUCGGUCUGAAGGGUUAUCACGAUUUGAAGAAUGUUAGUCAUCUAUAUAUUUCUGGGUUUCGAUUAGACUCUUUGAUUUUGUGCCCAAAUAAAAAUUUAACAACUACGACAACAGAACCAACCUACGCAAUUGAAGAUUAA